AUGGCAACAGAAGAUGUCACAACAUCAGAUGAAGAUGAAUCGUUAGAAGAUGAAUCAACAAUAAAUCGUAAUAAUGAUUAUUGUAAAGGAAGACUAUUUAAAUGGACAAACUAUUUGCACGGUUGGCAAGAACGAUUUCUUGUAUUGAAACUUGGUUUUUUAAAUUAUUACAAAAAUGAAUAUGAGAUAAGUCUUGGAUGUCGUGGAGCACUAUCAGUAAAACAAGCACUGAUUCAACCUCAUGAAUUUGAUGAUUGUCGAUUUGAUAUACGUGUAAAUGAUUCUGUUUGGUAUUUGAGAGCUCAUAAUUCUGAUGAUAGAGAAAGAUGGGUACAAGCAUUAGAAGAACAUAAAAUUUUAUGUAAAGCAGAAUCGGGUUAUGGUAGUGAAACAAAUUUACGUAAACAUCCAAGUUUAGGAUCACUAACAUCGACGGCAAGUAUUAGUGUUGCAUCAACGGGUUCAUUUAAGAAAGAUCGAAGUUUAAAAGAAAAACUUAAAGAAUUAGAAACAUAUAAAGAUAUUUUAUGUCAACAAGUACAAACAUUACAAACUUAUUUUGAUGCGUGUGCAAAUGCUGUGACGAAAGGAUAUGAACCAUAUCAAAAAGAAUUCGAAGAAUCCGGCGAUGUGGAUUUUGAAGAAGCACCAGAUAAAGUCAAACAUGAUGACAAUAGACUAGUAAAAAAUGCUACAAUUGCUGGUGAUCAUGCAGGAAUGGCAAUCGAUUUCAAAGGCGAGGCUUUGACUUUUAGAGCAACAACCGAUGGUGUUGUACAUAAUCUUGGAUUUUGUAUUGAAUUAAUGCAAAAAAGAGAAGAUAUUUGGAAAAAGAAAUAUGAAAAAGAGUUGGAAAGGCGAAAAAAACUUCAAGAAUUAUAUGCUUUCACUGUAAAACACAAGAUUCCAGCAUUAGGUUCUCCAGAUGCUGAAGAAGGUCCUCAUAGUACAUUAAAAGAUGAAGAAUUUUUUGAUGCAUUAGAUCAGUCGUUAGAUCGUAUUGAUCGUGAAACUGAAGAAAUUCUACGAAAAAUUUGUUUCAUUCGUUUUCCACUGAUAAAAAUCGUGGUUAUAAAAUUUUAUAGCAUACGUUUAUGGAAUGAUUGCAGGUCAAAUGUACUGCUUGAUGAAACAUAA